GGUGGAAGACGAUUAGUUCGAAAAAUGAAGGCUUUUACAAAUGGCUAAGUUUAAUGCUCGUUUUCGUCAAGAAGAAAUGAUUUUGAUGGUCUGUUAAAGCACAACACACAAAAUAUGUCUACUAAAGGGUAAGGCUGAUGAUUAAUUAGGGCAAUCGGGCAUAAAGGUAUAUGAUUUCGGCGCGCUUAAUUUUGAGACGUUUUGGAAUUUAUAUUCGCCUAAUAAAACCCCGGUGUUUUUUUGUGUUGGGACGUCUGGUUUUUUAUCUUUGUUGUUUUUGAAACUUGACAGGAACGAGCUACGAAAGCUUAGCGAAGAAAGCUUGCAAAGACAACCCGAAGAGGUUUUUGAUGUGCUUGAAAAAUUGGGCGAAGGGUACAGUAAAUUUAUAUAUAUAGUUUAAAGUUCCCUAUAAACAAGUCUGUCGAGAAAUGUUUAUAUAUGUUGUUAAUUUUAUACCGGAUAUUUAAUACAUAUGAAAGUCCUCGCGUUCCUGAGGCUAAGCUACAGGAAAGAAUAGUUGCAUUUUAUUUUUAACGAUGUGCUUUUCUUUUUAAAAAUGUCAUGUGUUUUUAGUUAAGACUGUAUUGUUUACAUAGUAACUAUUAAUAGUUAGUUUUUAUUAAAUAUGCGUUUAAGUUGCAAAUUAUUAAAUUGUUUCAAAAAGUAAACUAUUCUUGGUAAUUUUUGAGAGAAUUGCCCCCUUCGAUUUACGCAUUGCAUUCUGUUAGAUGCAAUUUUAUGAUAUUUGCAAAAUACGAUGUACAUGUCUGAUAAAUUGUUCAUUGCCAGCCGAACAUAUUCUUUGUUAUCUUCUCCAAACAUAUUCUCCGGAGGCCGCAGGAGAUCCGGAGGGUGCCACAAGGUUCACCACCAGUUAACUUUGUUUUGUACUUGAAAUAAUAAUUCUGCUCUCCUUCGUCCAUUCUAAGCUUUCAAACAAAGUUAUUUUUCCUCAACCUGGUCUACUUGAGUAGGUGAUUCAUCAUAAUUUGGCUACAUAGCUCGGUUGUGUUGCUACCUAAUCAAUAUACAUUACAGUUAAUUUGGAUGGCUUUAAGGCUCCCUAGAUUGCUCCUCAAAGUAUUUUAUCAACACAGCCACAUAUUGGGGAGUUUUUAAGAUGCUGACAAUGAACAACGGGUAUGGAGUAUGGUUGAAAGCUUGUUUUUGCAUUGCUUUAACAGAGGCAGACAAAAUUUACAUAUCCCCAGAGCAUACUUUUCACCGUAGCGACCUUGGCUACAUCGUAAAAUCACAUUCUUGUGUGGUAAAACAGAAUCAAGAACGUUGCAGGUUGGAGAGUAUUUUUGUAAAGAAAUGAUGAAAAUUAAAAGAUGAAACUUACCAAACACAAAACCAUGCACAUAAAACAUAUUUGGGAUAAAUUCGUUAUGACAAGCAUGUAGUAUUUGCAACGUAGUCGGUAGUUCGUCGUCAAGAUCUUAAACGCCCUAUUGUCAUUGGGGGAGUGCAUAUAUAGUUCUCAUAAAUGUCCAGACUGUAAAGUUUUGGCUUUGGAGGAAAUUACAUGUGUUAAAUCUUAAAUUUAAUUCGGUUAUUAAUAUCCUAAACCUAAGCCUUUGUGUGAACUAACUAUUGCACCAAACAUAAUUCAUUCCACAGUUCCUAUGGCUCUGUAUUCAAAGCCAUGCACAAGGAAUCCGGGCAGGUGGUUGCAAUCAAACAAGUUCCAGUUGACACGGACCUUCAAGAGAUCAUUAAAGAAAUUAGCAUGAUGCAACAAUGUGAUAGGUGAGAUUAGAGUUCUGUUGUGAUGACAUAUUGACAUUUGUAUGUUGAAGCUGUGAGAAUGUGUUUAAAGUUGAGAAUAAUACUUCACUUCAUUUUGUAGCCCUUAUGUUGUCAAAUAUUAUGGCAGUUACUUCAAGAAUACUGACCUAUGGGUAUGUGUCUAGUGCAAGUACCCGCUACAUUCUCUUGGCUUAUAGCAAAAAGAAUAUACACAAGCCAGACCAGAAUGUAUUAGAAUGAACAAGCUUUUGUUGGUAGGGA